AUGGCAGAAGAAGAUUCUGUAGCGAAGGUUAGGGAGAUGUUACAAAGAUAUUCGUUAAGAACAGAUAAUUUUUCAGACUCGAGCAUAUUGUCUGACAUAGAUGUAUUUGAGGAACGGUAUCUUUCGGCUCAUGAGCUUGCAUCAAGAAUUAAGAGUGGAAUUAAGAAAUGCAAGAAGACAAUUGCUACUGCUAGGCAAUACAAUGUAUGUAUGAAUGUACAAGAUUUAGAGAUCUGUGUUGGACUAUUAGAUGAUCUAAGAAGAGAAAUAGGGCAUACUUGCAAAUAUACGCCAUGGAAAGUAGGAAUGUCUGCUUAUUGCGUAUCUAUUGGAGUAUGUGUCUUUAUGACGUUUGCUUUAUGUAGACUGUGUUUAUGA